CGGCUCCGGGAGUGGUACGCUCGGCGCUGCAGUCUCCGGAGUGGCGCUCCUAGUGCCGCGGACCCUGGUGCUGGAGGUGCUGCUGGUGCUGGAGGUGCUGCUGCUGGCGGUGCUGCUGGUGCUGCUGGAGGUGCUGCUGGUGCUGGUGCUGCUGGAGCUGCUGGAGGUGCUGCUUCUACUGGAGGUGCUGCUGGUGCUGCUGACGCUGCUGGAGGUGCUGCUGGUGCUGGUGGUGCUGCUGGUGCUUCUGGAGCUGCUGGAGGUACUGCUACUACUGGAGGUGCUGCUGGUGCUGCUGACGCUGCUGGAGGUGCUGCUAGUGCUGGUGGUGCUGCUGGUGCUGCUGGAGCUGCUGGAGGUACUGCUACUACUGGAGGUGCUGCUCGUGUGCGAUGGUGA